AUGGACAACAAGAUAUCCAAUAAUAAAGAAGUCCAAAGCGACAAGAACGUGGCAGUAGUCGAGAUCGAUGACCAAGACAGUGUCUUCGAGCCUACUGGUGCGACCAUGGGACCUUUCCGUCGACGAUGCAUCAUGCUGUCGCUAUGCUUGGCUUUGUUUCUUUCAGCCCUCGACGUGACCAUCGUGGCCACAGCCCUUCCUACUAUCGCGAAGCAAAUCAACGCCAGUACUGCCGAAUAUGCCUGGAUUGGAAGCGCCUACACCCUAUCCAGCACCGCCUCCGUCCCUAUAUGGGCCCAACUCUCGAACAUCUUCGGCCGAAAACCCAUCAUCAUGCUUGCCAAUUUGUCUUUUUUAGGAGGCAGUUUGAUUUGCGGUCUCGCAAAGUCCGUCGGAUUGCUCAUUGGCGGUCGAGCUGUACAAGGGCUAGGCAGUGGUGGUUGUCUGAUCAUGGUGACUGUGAUUAUUGGGGAUAUGUUUAAGGUGAAAGACAGGGCCAAGUACUAUGGCCUCACGGGUAUUGUUUGGGCAAUAUCGAGCAGCUUUGGACCUGUCCUAGGUGGUGUCUUUACACAGACUAUUGGCUGGAGGUGGUGUUCCUUGAUCAAUGUUCCGUUUGAUGGCUUGUCCCUCGUUGUGCUAUUCUUCGCCUUGAAAUCCCAGAUCAAAACGAUACCCAUGAAGACUGGCCUCAAGUCUCUUGAUUGGAUUGGCUCUCUGUUGAUCAUUGGCGGUACCGUAUGCUUUCUAUAUGGUCUCGAGGUUGGUGCUUCCGAUCAACGCCCAUGGGCCAGCGCCAUGGUGAUAUGCCUACUGGUGUUUGGUUUGGUUAUUCUCGGACUCUUCGCCUUUUAUGAAGCCCGUUUUGCGACAAAUCCACUCAUUCCUGGCCGAAUAUUGUCCUCUCGGACCAAUUGCGCCUCUAUCAUUGUUCUCUGUCUGCACAGUUUUGUCUUCAUCUCAUAUGACUAUUUCCUCCCUCUUUACUUCCAAGCGGUAUUGGGAUUCAACGCUAUUGUCUCUGGUGUUUGCCUUCUGGCUUUGGUCGUGCCACUGUCCGCUUUUACGAUGAGCACUGGCUGGUAUGUCAAACGCAAAGGUGACUACCAGUUACCCAUCUGGAUUGGGACAUGCGUCAUGACCCUGGGGACCGGCUUAUUUAUUAGUUUUGGCUCCGGGAUUGAUUGGCCCAAGAUAAUCCUUUUUCAGAUCGUUGUCGGCAUGGGAGCUGGCCCACUGUUCCAAAGCCCCAUGAUCGCCCUGCAAAGCCAUGUGAAGCAGGUCGAUAUCGCAGCGGCCAUGUCCGCAUCAUCAUUUAUGAGAAGUCUUUGCAGCAGCAUGUCUAUUGUCAUUGGCUCUGUGUUGAUUCAAAAGUCCCUGCACGGCGGAAAACUUACCAUAGAUAGUGAUGUUGGAGACGACAAAGAUGCAGACCAGACACUUAGCGUCGAGAACUCUACUUCUGCUCUAAGCAUGAUGUGGAUUUUCUAUUGUGCAAUAUGUGGAGUAAUGACAUUGGUUUCGAUCUUCAUCGAAAAGAUGCCCGCACAGAAUUUGACGGUGGAUCACGCAAGCGAGGAACCGUGA